AUGUCUCAACAGUAUAUUGGACAACAAUACUACCCACAGUACUAUACCGAACAACGAACCCAAUAUGGCGAAGGAGAGGGAUUUUUAUUAGGUGAUCACGCUAACAACGAAAUUGACGGAUCUCACAAUAACUUUAAUAACGCCCAAGGACAAUUUGGUGGCUUUAAUUCUGGAAACACGUCCAAUUUAGUGAAUCCUAAUCAUUACAACCCUGAAUUUGACGUCAAUAACUUUUCGCAGUACAAUAACAAUGGCUCUUUCCAAGGAAAUAACGGUUUCAAUGGCAUUGACGCUCCGACAAUUGGGUCUACCGUUGGUGGCGAAUUCUUCACUGAGGAUGGUUCAUUUUCAAAUGGCAAUGGACCCAAUGGACAGAUUGCUUAUACCAAUAUUUUACCCAAUGAGUACGAUCAAAGUUUUAUGGGGCACUUGAACGACAAUUUUCAGCAACAAGUCGAUAACACCAAUGGACCAAGCGUAGGUAAUACGCAAGCCUUGGGUGCUGGAGCGAGGGCUGGAGCUGGAGUUGGGGCUGGAGCUGGAGCUGGAGCUAUUGCUGUUGGCGCUGCUUCCAAUGCAGCUCCGUCUAGGACAGUGUAUUUGGGAAACAUUCCCUCUGAUAUUGAGCCUCAUGAGCUAUUGGAUUACGUGCGUUCAGGAAUCCUUGAAAAUGUCAAAAUCAUUCCCGCCAAAAAUUGUGCAUUCAUUUCAUUUAUCGACCACCAACUGGCAUUACUUUUCCAUUCUGAUUGUUUAUUAAAGAAGCUCAACAUCAAGGGUCAUGACAUUAGGAUUGGAUGGGGUAAGAACACACCCAUUUUACCAGCUGUAUUGGAAGCUAUUCAAAGAGAUGGUGCUACCAGAAAUGUUUAUUUGGGAAAUUUGAACAACCCAAUUACGGGGGAAAUGAUUACUGAAGAAGAGUUGAAAGAAGACUUGUCUUGUUAUGGCAUAAUCGAUAGCAUUAAAAUCAUCCCAGAAAAGGGUAUCGCAUUCAUUCAUUUUUUGAGUAUUCUUAGUGCUAUUAGAUGUGUCGCCAACUUACCCUUGAAGGAAAAAUAUUUGGACAAAAAAUGCUUUUAUGGAAAGGAUAGAUGUGCAUUCAUCACCAAGACGCAACAACAUAAUGCAGCUCAAUAUUUGGGUUUGGCCCCAGGAAUGGAACAUAUUGUUACUGCAGCAGAUCGUGAAUUUAUUUCGAGUGCCUUGGUACAACAAUCAGCUGCAGCAGCGCAAAUUGCAACUCAAGCAGGUGGAGCUAAUAAUUUGGGAAACCGUACUGUUUAUUUGGGAAACUUACAUCAAGACUCUUCUGUUGAGGAGAUAUGCAAUGUUGUUCGUGGAGGUUUAUUGCAGAGUAUUCGGUUUUUAAAAGAAAGACAUGUUUGUUUUAUUACAUUUAUUGACCCCAUUGCUGCUGCCCAAUUUUUUGCCAUGUGCCAAUUACACGGAUUGACUAUCCAUAAUAGAAGAAUCAAAGUUGGUUGGGGUAAGCACUCCGGCCCCUUGAGCAAUGCCCUCAGUUUAGCCGUUUCCAAUGGUGCUUCAAGAAACAUCUAUAUUGGAAAUUUGAACAAUUUUGACUUUUAUAAUCCACGCAAAUUGAGAGAAGAUUUUUCGAAAUUUGGUGACAUUGAACAGAUUAAUUACCUUGAGGAGAAGAACUGUGCUUUUAUCAACUUUGUCAAUAUUGCCAAUGCUAUCAAGGCUAUUGAUGGUAUUAAACUGUUUCCCGAUUACAAGAAUUUGAAAAUCAAUUUCGGUAAAGAUAGAUGUGGAAAUUUACCAAGACAAUUUCAAAAUCAAGGGUUACCCUUUGCUGGUGGAGCUUUGGGUCUUUUGGAAAAUGUUGCUGCCGCAUCUGGAGUAGCUGGAGUAGCUAGUGCAUCCGGUGCUGCCGGUGCCGCUGAUAGUGGAACUGGUACUGCAGCUAGCGGCAGUGUACAUGGGUCAUUAUCUGACUUGAAUGAUUUCAAAGAGUUAAGAGAAGGCACUGGCUUACAAACUGGUCAUAAUGCGUUUGAAAUUACAACAACAUCAUCGAAAAGCAAUUCAAACUCGCCUUUACAAACGCCAAACCUUUCUGGAUUCCACUAA